CCAGGCAACUUGGAAAGGGGCUGGAAUGACCCUCCAAUGUUCAUAUAUGGAUCAUCAGCAGCAGUCAACACAUUUUCUCAGGUCUCCCACAGUAACCAAGCAAACCCUCAACAGUCCCCAUCAUUAACACCAUCGGCCCCUUCACAAUAUCCUCCAUCUUCUCUCCCACCCCCGCCCAUGAUGACGCCAUCCGCUAACAUGACAUCCCUGAUUUCCGGUGAGACGUCAGCUUUCCAGAAGAAGAGAACGAUUGAUGACAUGCAAAAAAAGCUCAACAUAUUCUCAGACAUGUGGAAGAAUGGGAAGAUUUCAUAUCCAGUCAAGUCAUCGAUGGCCAAGCUGGCCACAGCAAUACACAGGCGAAAGCAUGCAGUUGCGCAUGAAAUUCACCUUGCUCUCAUGAUUGAUCACGUGUCUGAAGUCAGCAGAUGGUUGGUUGGAGUGAAGCGAUUGAUUCAAGAGGUUGAGAAA